GAGAUAGAGAUGAGGAUUUGUUUCUGGAUUAUGUUUGUAUUCCGAUAACGACGACACUCAAUCUCUUGCUUCGUUGUAUAAAACAGAGAUUUCGAAGAAACCCAGAGAAGAGCUUUCUUUCCGGGAAGGAAUCCGAACCUCUCUCUUUAUGGGGGAUCACUUUGUGCUGCUGGUGGAUCGGUUACUCACUGAAUCGACCCUAGAAGCUGCAAUUGAGAGCAGAAACAGGUCUUCAGAAACCAGUCCCUCGGCUGUUGAAGCCACAACCACAGAAAUUUCUUCCCCUAGUAGGGAUUUCAAUCAUGGGUUGUCCCCGAGGAAAUUGGUGGAGUGCAGAAUUUGCCAUGAUGAGGACGAAGAUUCAAACAUGGAGACACCCUGCUCUUGCUGUGGCAGCUUGAAGUAUGCUCAUCGCAGAUGUGUCCAAAGGUGGUGCAAUGAGAAGGGUGACACCAUAUGUGAGAUAUGCCACAAGCAAUUUAAGCCAGGUUACACAGCACCACCUAAGUUGUUUCGUAAUGGGGCUAUUCCUAUGAACUUUAGGGGUAAUUGGGAGAUUUCCAGAAGGGACCUGCAUAAUACACGAUUUAUAGCAAUGGUUGCAACUGACCGUAAUUUGUUGGAUCCUGACUAUAAUCAGUAUUCAGCUGCCACUUCAAGAAGCCUGCUGUGCUGCCGCAUAGUGGCUAUAAUUUUCAUGGUUGUCCUGGUUCUAAGACAUACGCUUCCAAUCGUGGUUAGUGGGGCUGGGGAGUAUUCCGUUCCACUAUUAAUAUUGCUGGUAUUGAGAACUGCUGGGAUUCUUCUUCCAAUCUAUAUAAUGGUGAGAGCAGUAACGACCAUACAUCGUCGGCGACAGCAACAAGAGCCUCACAUGUCUGUCACGGAAUCUGAUGAAGAAAAUGAGCAGCAGCCUAAUCUGCAGUCCCAGCCACACGUCAUCCGUGUUUACUAAGCUACGAUACCACUGACAUGUAAAGCAAGUUGAAAAGGAAAAA